GGACACUGAGUGGGUCUGUGGGUGACGGUAGCUGCCAGUAGGAGGUCUUCGUCGUCGGACAUGGAAUUUAGGUAAAAGAAGGUCAAUGAAGAGUCCACGAAGAAAGAAUAGUGCUAUUCGGGCAGAAAAAGAAGAUGGUGGGCCAUGUCCGGCAGAAAAUUUCUGGAAAGUGGUGGACCAUUUCUUUAUUAAGGUAUGGUUUACUGAAUAAAGAAUUCGACCUCAACUUCCCUCCACUCCUGAUUAAGGUAGUUAAAACUCCACUCCUGUUGAGUUCAUAUUUAUCCCUUUAUGUUUUUCAACGUGUUCCCAUUUCCUUUCACACCUUAUUAGAACACCAACACUCUAUUCUACAAAAUUCAUAACAGCAGUGUUACUCUCUUACUCUUCUUGUUCAAAUUAUGUAUACUGCUUUUAAAAAUUUCAUCUUUUUCUACUGCUGCUGCUUCUCUGUGUCUGUUUAUGCUCUUAGCUCUGAUGGCACAGCUCUACUUUCCCUUCUUAGCCACUGGACUACUGUACCCUCAGCUAUUAACUCUUCUUGGAAUGCUUCUGAUUCCACUCCUUGUUCUUGGGUUGGUGUUGAAUGUGAUCGCAAACAAUUUAUCACAUCUUUCAACCUCUCUGGCUAUGGAAUCUCUGGCCAAUUGGGACCUGAAAUUGGUCAUUUGGAGCACUUGCGUACCAUUGAUUUGGGCGUUAAUGCAUUCUCCGGCCCCGUUCCUCCCCAGCUCGGCAAUUGCACUCUUCUUGAUUACUUGGAUCUAUCCUACAACGCCUUUACUGGACAAAUCCCUCAGAAUCUUGGAAAUUUACAGAGUUUAACCUACAUAAACUUGUUCUCAAAUUCAUUGACUGGUAACAUUCCUGAUUCCUUUUUUACUAUCCCACACUUGGAGACCAUCUUCUUUAAUAGUAACAAGUUAAGUGGUCCCAUUCCAUCUAGCGUUGGUAACAUGACUCAGAUUUUGUCUCUCUGGCUUAAUGAUAAUGAGUUAUCAGGUCCUAUUCCUUCCUCUAUAGUAAACUGUACUAACUUGGAAGAGUUGUAUUUGAAUGAUAACCGGUUAGUAGGUAGCUUGCCUGAGAACUUAGAUAAGCUAGCACACCUUGUUUAUUUGGAUGUAAGCAAUAAUAGACUAGAAGGUAGUAUACCUUUCGGUUCGGGUAACUGCAAAUAUCUUGACAAUCUGAUCUUGUCAUACAACCAUUUUAAUGGAGGACUCCCACAAGGUUUGGGUAAUUGUAGUAACCUAACAGUUCUUGCUGCUACGUCUUCUGGUUUAAGUGGCCCUAUUCCUGCUUCUCUGGGCCAGCUCACAAAGUUGGAGAAGCUUUACCUUGCUGACAACAAUUUCUCUGGAAAAAUACCGCCCGAGCUGGGCGAGUGUCAAGCCUUGCUGGAAUUACUUUUACCGGAAAACCAACUGGAAGGUGAAAUUCCUAGUGAACUAGGGUCUCUCAGUCAGUUGCAGAAUCUCUUUUUGUAUUCCAACAAUUUGAGUGGUGAAAUUCCCUUCAGAAUUUGGAAGAUUCAAAGCCUUCAAAAUCUUCUUGUCUACAGAAACAACCUGACCGGGGAGUUACCUCUUGAAAUUACCGAGUUGGAACAGUUGAGGAACAUAUCCUUAUUUGAAAACCAGUUUACUGGAGUUAUACCUCAAGGUUUGGGGAUUAACGGCAGUCUAACACUGCUGGAUUUCACCAACAACAACUUUUCAGGUCCUGUUCCACCAAAUCUUUGUUUUGGCAAGCAACUGAAUAAGCUUAUGUUAGGUUAUAAUCAUCUUGAAGGUGGCAUUCCUUCUCAAUUAGGAAAGUGUUCUACUUUAACCAGAGUAAUUCUCAAAAAGAAUAAUCUCUCAGGUGCCAUUCCAGAUUUUGUUAAGAACACAAAUCCUAUUUUCUUGGAUCUCAGUGAGAAUGGGUUCAGUGGGAAAAUACCCCCAAGUUUGGCAAAUCUUGGGAAUGUUACAUCAAUUGACUUAUCAAUGAAUAAGCUCUCAGGGUUUAUACCGCCGGAGCUGGCAAACCUUGUCAACCUCCAGGCUUUGGAUCUGUCUUACAAUGGUUUGGAAGGUGUACUGCCACCUCAACUUUCAAACUGCCAGAGACUGUUGAAGCUUGACGUAAGUCACAAUUUGUUGAGUGGCUCGAUCCCGUCCACGUUUGGAAGCUUUAGAGAACUAUCCAUUUUGGGUCUGAAUGAGAAUCAUCUUUCAGGAGAUAUUCCAACCUCCUUAUUUGAACUCAAGAAGCUCUCUAUGUUGCAGCUUGGUGGAAAUGCACUUGGUGGGGGCAUUCCUGCAGCAAUUGCGACUGCAUCAAGAGAAACACUGAGGUGGUUAAAUCUGAGUAGUAACAGGUUGACAGGUGAACUUCCUGCCGAGCUAGGAAAAUUUACUUUCCUGGAGGAGUUAGAUAUAGCUGGCAAUAAUCUUUCUGGAACUUUAAGAGUUCUUGAUGGAAUGCGUUCGUUGAUCUUCGUCAAUGUAUCACACAACCUCUUUUCCGGUCCAGUGCCAGCAAAUCUGAUGAAGUUCCUAAACUCAACUCCUACCUCUUUCUCGGGAAACUUGGGACUUUGCGUGCACUGUGAUCCAGAAGAAGGCUCAAAUUGCCCUGAGCAUAGCACCCUACGGCCUUGUAAUCUUCAAUCAAACAAUGGAAGACGCCUAAGUGGAGCAGAAACGGCACUGAUUGCAGUUGGGGUACUAUUGUUUACCAUUUCCUUAUUCCUAGUAAUUGCUUACAUGCUUCUAUGGCGCAAAAAUUCUGGGAAAGAAGUUGCAAUAUCUGCUCAAGAAGGUGCUUCAUCCCUGCUUAACAAAGUAUUGGAAGCUACACAGAACCUAAAUGAUAAGUAUGUCAUUGGGAGGGGAGCACAUGGAAUUGUAUAUAAGGCCAUCUUGGGUCCAGGGAAAGCAUAUGCUGUGAAAAAGCUGGUGUUUGUUGGUAUAAAGGAUGGAAGCACAAGUAUGGUAAGAGAAAUUCAGACAAUUGGAAAGGUUAGGCACCGUAAUCUUGUCAAAUUAGAAGACUUCUGGCUGAGAAAGGAUUAUGGACUGAUUCUUUACAAUUACAUGGAGAACGGGAGCCUUCAUGAUAUUCUUCAUGAGACUAAUCCACUUGUAACAUUAGAAUGGAGCGUACGGUACCGUAUUGCUCUUGGAACUGCUCAAGGGUUGUCAUAUCUCCACUUUGACUGUGAUCCUGCCAUCGUGCAUCGAGAUAUCAAGCCCAUGAAUAUCUUGUUGGACUCUGAUCUGGAGCCCCACAUAUCAGAUUUUGGCAUUGCGAAGCUUCUGGAUCAUUCUGCUGCAAUUUCCCCCUCCAAUACCCUCCAGGGUACAGUUGGAUACAUGGCUCCAGAGACUGCAUUUGCAGCUGCAAAGAGCAAGGAGUCAGAUGUUUAUAGUUAUGGUGUUGUUCUGUUGGAACUUAUAACUCGAAAGAAGGCCUUGGAUCCUUCAGUUUAUGGGGGUACAGAUAUUGUGAGUUGGGUUAGGUCUGUUUGGGCAGAAGCUGAAGAAAUUGAGAAGAUUGUGGAUCCAAGCAUUUUGGAUGAAUUCAUAGAUUCAAAUAUCAUGGAACAAGUAAUUGAAGUGCUUUCACUGGCUCUUAGAUGUACAGAGAAGGAAGUUAGAAAAAGACCCACAAUGAGAGAAGUGGUCAAGCAAUUAACAAGGUCCAGUUCGAGUAUAAGAAGCAAGUACUAGCUAUCAAUCAGAGGCCAUUCCAUGUAAACUCUGAUGUGUUCUAGGUACAAUAGACUUCUGAUUAACGCAGUCCUAAUUUUAUAUUUGAUUUCUGAAUCCUUGUUAGGUUCAGUCUCUUUUUAUUGCUAGAGGAUGGUAGAAAUCUAUUUACACUACUGCAGCUUGGGAAGAGAAGGCGUUUGCCUUGUAGCUGUAAAUGUUUUUUCCAUCAUGUAUACAUGGAUGAAAACUAAAUAUAACUUACUGCUGUGACUGUUCAUCUUAGCUAA